CCUUACUCGACAAAGUAGCUCAACUCGUUUCAGAACAGCGACCAAUCGGUCAUUUAGAGACAGGCAUGCAUUCUACGGCAGGGAUGCCUUUUUCGGCAUAACACGUGUUACCUGCAUUUGAUUGUCUGUUCAUUUAUAUUUCAGCAGUUACUUUAUCUGGUAAAGAUCGACUGAGCCUUACAGUUAUAGUUCACAAAAUUACAUGGUGUCAGUUUUCAACGAUAGAAUAUGUGAAAUCGAAAUGAUAAUGCUUGAAAUGUGACGUGCUAACGUUAUAUGUUCCUGUCUGUCAGCGCGUUGUGAAUUAGACUGUACAAGUAGGUACCUCGGGUAAACAGUUCAGUCUGUUCACAACUAACGUUAUUCACCAAUUAACUUUGGUAUGCCUUUUAAAACGUAAAGAUUCAUCAUGCCAUUUACACGACCUGGAUUUGAUUUUCGAUUCAUUUUUUAUUUCAGAGUAAUCUGAUGAAGAUCGAUCGAGCGCCAAAGCAAAGCACAUUCUCCCAUCAUCUGUAAUUCAGUCAGUAAUUGAGGGGCUGCAGGACAUCCAUGAUAUUAGCCAGUCUCAUUUGCUACACAUGAAUAAUGUCUGGAUUGAAAGAAGCAUUGAAAGAUGCAGUACUGUCAGUGUUGCCAAGCCUGUCUCCAGAUGUUAUCAGUCAACUGGUUGAGAAGCUCACGAAUCAGGGAGUGGAGGGUUUAGAUGAUUUGAUUUAUGUGAAGGAAGAUGACAUUUUGGAGUUCAUCAGACCUAUCCAAUGCAGGAAACUUCUUAGUGCCUGGCAAAAUCAAGAAAAACAAAACCAAACUGUGGUUUUGCAACCAGUUGAUGUUCUCCCAUUGGUUCCCUGUGAAGCCAGCACUACUCCUGAUGUACGUCCAUCAUGCUCCUCAAGCACAUCAGCAAACAGUCCAGGAUCAACUGGUGUUUCACAUUCAUGGGCUGAAAAUUUCAAAGUUCCCUGGAACGUAAUGCCUGCAGGUAUACAGAGUGCUAUUGAGAAUGACCAGAGACCUUCCCCAGCUGACCGACGACAAAUGAUUAGGAUCCUUGCUGAUGAAAUGAAGAAACAUGAGGAAAACCCAACCAGAUCACAGUGUCUAACUGUUACUCAGCAAAUAGUCAGAAGGUAUCCAAAAGUGUUUGCUGACAUGGUAGGUGACAGGCAGAUUGUGGGUGGAUAUGCAUCUCUUCUGUCACAACUGAAAGUACGAAUAGAGCAUCUUAAUCGAAAAAGUACACUCAGUCAUCAUAUGACACAAAGGAAUGAAAUUGGAAAUACUAAAAAACGAAGUUCCACUGAUUCUUAUGGCUGUACAAGCUGGCAGCCUAUUCUUCCACCUGGUGAAAGUUACGAAAGUAUUGAAGUUAAGCGUCAAAGGAUGGAGGAGAUACAUCGUCAUGAGGGAAUCUCUGGAGCACAGAGAGGGGACAUUUGCAAACUCAUGGAAGAGACCUAUUGCCUCCAGCGUAAGAUGAUUAAUGAAAUCCCGUCCCAUACCAUUGCAGAUAUAAGAACCAAAUGGCCAUAUCUCUUUGCACAGAGACAUAUAUAUGGCCAUUUUGAGAUGCUUACAGACAAAAAAGUGCUCAGACUUUUGGAAUCGUCUAUUCAGGAGGGUGGACCAAAAAUUGUCCAGUUUUUCAAAGAAAAACCAACUAACGAGGAUGUUCGGAACACACUCUCCAGUGAUCAAAAUGAUGUUGCUGCUAUGGUCCUACAACUACUUCUCGCACACUUCAAAGAGAAAUUAGAUGGUCUUAUCCUUCUGACAGAUGAAUUUGCAACACCUUCGGAUGUCCAGCAAGCGUUACCUUUGCCAGAAAGUCCACGCCUUAUAAUUCUUGUUUCAAGAGCUGUCUUUUUUUUGUUGCUCUUUUGGAACUGCCACUUGGAGGAACAGAGGUACCUGCACUCUGUCCACCAUUGUCCUGCUACAUGCACAUCACACAUGAGCACGAUUGAUAACGUAUAAUACACAUGACGAAUCAUUGCCCUCGGUCCAAUGUUUUUUGAUCCUAUAUCUUUCACACACGAUAUAUAUAUUAUAAUAAUACCGAUGUUUCACUUUACUUAUUGAUUGCUAUCAGGAUGUUAAGAGACUUCAAACCAGCAUGACAAAAAUGUUUCUGGACAGGAUUGCCUACCUUGCCUUUAUCUUGCUUUAGCAUUACCUCCAUUUUAGCAAAGAAGCUGUUCCUUUAUAUGGUGAAAAGUUCACUGCUACAAAUGGAAAUAUACAUUAUGGUAUUUCUUUGUGAAAAAAUAACCUUAAGUGUUUGUCUGGUUAAAAGAAAAUUAAGUAAUGAAUGCUGCAGAAAGCUAUACUGUAGUUCUUUUAACAGUUAUGUUGAAUAAUUUAUAAACAUCUAAAUAACAUAACAGAAAAAGAAACAGUAGGUUUUUUUAGUUCACAUGUUUUAUUAAUCCUUUUUUCAUUUUCAGGUCAGUCUCUAAGCAACCAGCGGUGGAUGUUGAGCGUGGAAGGUCAGGUUGUGUGUGAAGGAGAGCAGCCCAACAUUGUCUCUGGUCUUGCAGCGCUGUUUGCCUCAUUUUACAAUUUUAACCUCCAGUAUCAGGAAGAGGCAGCAUGCACCC